GGGGCUCUGGGCGAUCUGGAAGACUGGCACGACCGUCCCCGCGCACGUGUUCGGUGUUCCCCGUCCGGCUCUCCGAACGCACGCCGCGCCGUGCCCUCGCACGUCCGCUCCGCUCCGCCCACGGUGCUCUGCGCGCUUCGACUUCAACUGCUCGAGUACGCUGCUCGCGGUUGUCCGGCCAGCCGCCAGCGAGUGGCGCGCGGACACUCUUCUGCUAGCGCGGCCGUUUCGUUCAGUGAUGGCGCGGGCGGCGGCUGCCGUGCCGCUUCUGCUCGCGGCCGUCGUCGCGGUCCUCCUGCCGGACGCCGCCGACUCCCGCACCCUCCUCACGCUCGACGACUUCGGCGCCGUCGGCGACGGCGUCGCCAACGACACCAAGGCCUUCGCCGACGCCUGGGCGGCCGCGUGCGCCGCCGGCGACAGCGUCAUCCUCAACGUGCCCGCCGGCAAGGCCUUCCAGAUCUGGCCGCUCACGCUCGCCGGGCCCUGCGGCAGCGAGAUCAAGCUGCUCAUUUCCGGGAACAUCGUCGCGCCGGAGAGCCCCAGCGACUGGGGGCCGGGGGACCGCACGCAGUGGCUCCACUUCCACCAGGUCCAGAACCUGAAGGUGACCGGCGGCGGCAUCAUCGACGGCAGGGGGCGGCAGUGGUGGGCGCGGUCGUCGUGCCAGGAGAAGAAGAAUUGCACCGCGCAGCCUGCUCCCAAGGCGGUUCACUUUGAGGACUGUCAAGGGAUCAGCGUGCUGGGCAUUACCUUGCAGAACAGCCAGCAGCACCACCUGACGUUCACCCGGUGCUCACACGUCAAGGCCAAUUACCUGAGGGUGACCUCGCCGGAGAACAGCAUCAACACUAAUGGAAUCCACCUCGUUGACUCGAGAAAUGUUCACGUCAUGGAUAGCCUCAUCUCCACAGGUGAUGACUGUGUCUCGAUAGUGGGCAGCUGCACCGAUGUUCGCCUAAGAGCCAUCUCAUGCGGACCUGGUCAUGGCAUCAGUAUUGGAUUUUUAGGAGUAAACAACUCCGUUGAUUAUGUGGAGAAGAUCAAAGUUGACACCUUGUUCAUCUCAAACGCCCAGAAUGGUGUGCGCAUCCGGACCACCAAGAUUGGUGGCGGUGGUUUCGCCCGCAAGGUGAAAUUCGGGAGCAUCAUCAUGAAGAACGUCACCAAUCCUAUCAUCGUCGAUCAGGGAAACUUCUCCGAUCUGGCAGAUUCAUCUGAAGCACGGGCUGCAGCGACAGGCGUGCAGGUGGAGAAGAUCAACUACAUCGACAUCAGGGGCACGUCGGCGUCGGAGCACGCGGUCACGUUCUCGUGCAGCGACGCCAUGCCGUGCAGGCGCCUGUCGCUUACCAACGUGAACCUGACCCGGGUGGACGGGCGCAACGCGUCGUCUUACUGCCAUAAGGCGUUCGGGAGGAGCAUCGGCACCGUCAUCCCGGAGUCCUGCCUCUCCAAGGAGGAUUACGUCCAGCACGUCCCACGGCAUUCUGAAGAAGACGAAGCAGAUUCAGAUUCCUGAAUUUCUGGCAGUUCGUUCAUGGCAGGUUCCACACGGAGUACUAGUGAAGAUUUCCGUGUGAACUGAAAGAGCCGUGUUGCUUCAACUUUGGCUUUCUGUAAUCCGGUACGCUUUCAGCUAAGACUACUGUAUAUCUUUCUGUGAUUAAUGAGCCAAAUUACCAUUUUUGUGUAA